AAAACCCAUGAACUUGGUGGUUGUAUAUCUGCAACUCUAAAAAAAUUGAAUUUGGAACACUAGUUUCUUGUACCUAGGUGAUAGAUGGCAAAGGUUUUUUUUUUUUUUUUGAACAAGGCAAAAGGUUAUAUACUAAUUAAUUACAUAUAUAUAUUCUUGUAAUGUAAAUGUAAUGCAAAUUAUAUUCUUGUAGCAGCAGUAGAAGAAGUUUUAUAAUUUCUUGUAACAGGAGAAUCGCAAAGCUCCUUUAGCUAGCUUAACUAAUUGUAUCGUGUGUGAUAGCAGCAAUCUCAAUAACACAAAUGAGAAGUUAGAUUUUUGGGCACUAAUUGUUCGUUUGUUCCAUCUGAAUGAGCCUCCCUAGCAAAUUAAACCAAGAAAACUAAUUCACUUUAGUCUAAAUAAGGUUUACAGAAUCCACCAAAAAAUCAGAAUUUAUAUAGUACUAGUAAAAUUCUAUUCUGACUGUUUUUUGUGUAUAUGAUUAGAUGGAUUAGUUAAAGUAUCAAAUUAAGGUCAACUUCAUUAAAUUACGGCCAAUCAUUAAACGGCAUUGUUGUUAUCAAAGCACGUUGUUGCCUUACUCUUUUUCUUUUACUCUGGCAAACAACUUCCUCAGAAGCCCACAAUCCCCAAUGGAGUUCUCCUUCUCCUCAUAUUCCGACAUUAUGGGAGUCUCCUACUCAUUUUCAUCUGAGAUUAUAAGACCGAUCCCGCCGCAAUAUCAAGUGUUCAUCAACUUUCGAGGAGAGCUGCGUAGAUUUGUAAAAGUUCUUGUUGAUGACCUAAAGGAAGAGCUGGUCAACGUCUUCGUGGAUGAAGAUGCGGUGAGAGGCGAGGAUCUUGAGACUCUCUUUGCUGAGAUCGAGAAGUCAAGAAUUGCGGUGACGAUCUUCUCGGAGAGGUACACGGAGUCAAAAUGGUGCUUAAAUGAGCUGGUUAAGAUCAACGAAUGCAUGGAUAAAGGCAAACUUGAUGUGUUUCCUGUCUUCUUCAACGUGAAAGCUGAAGAUGUGAAGAAACUGGAAGGAAACUUUGGAGAAAAUUUCCGGACAACAUCUAGCAGAGACAAGAAAAGGACGAACAAAUGGAAAAAAGCGUUAACGUCUGUUUCAGGAAAGUUUGGUCUGUCGUCACAAAUCAGGUUUUCAUUGUCUUGUCCCUUUCCUCUGUUUUGAGUAAGUCUGGACAGGUAUCGAUUCGGUUCGGUUCAGUUAUUUUGGAUAUCGGGUAAUUUGGAUAAUGGACUAGAAGAUCCAUUUACUAUUUGAUUUAUUUUUAGUUCGGUUCGGGUAGUUUCGGGUUUGGUUCGGUUUGGAUAGUAAAAAUAGAAACUGAAAAAUACUCAGAAAAUAAUUCGAUUCUGGUUCGGUUAUUUCGGGUAGUUCGGAUAGUUUUGGUUAA